AUGGCGUCGCCGGCGCGCGUGAACCUGGGCAGCAACAAGUUUUCUCCGUCGCGCACGGCGCAAAACGGCGCAAACAUGGUCAAUGAGCUGGUCAAGGCGCAAGAUGAGAGGCUACACGACGAGCUCGAUGAACGCGACAUUGGUGAUCCUGGCGCGCAGAUGCGCAGCGCAUGUUUCGCCUAA